AUGGCUGCUCUGGGCUCCAGUCUCGCUCGUGCUGACGUGGCACUGACAGAGGCUGCCCUCGCGGCCACCUGCUCGCACCGGUCCGCCUUCUCCUCCUUCUCUGGUCUGCGCGCUGCUCCACAGGGCACUGCUGCGCCGCAACUGGCGCAGAGGGCCUGGGCAGCACGCCGAGCCGUCGUGAGGGCCGCCACCACAGUAGCGCCCACGUUCACGAACCUGAGGCCGCUGGGCGACCGCGUGCUGGUGCGCAUCCAGGAGGUGGAGGAGCGCACUUCGGGCGGCAUUCUGCUGCCCACGUCGUCGCAGACGAAGCCGCAGGGCGGCUCCGUGGUGGCCGUGGGCUCUGGCAGGACGUUGGGCGACAAGAAGGUCGCCGUCGACGUGCCCGUGAGUGCCGCGGGGUUGAGGGUUCUGUCCCUCGGGGAGUGCUGGGGAGUGCGUGCUCUUGCGGUGGUCGUGCAGGAGGGCGGCAGCAUCGUGUACAGCAAGUACGCGGGCGUGGAGAUCGAUUUCAACGGCGCGCCGCACCUGCUGCUGAAGGAGGACGACAUCGUGGGCGUGUUGGCGUCCGACGACAUCGCCGACCUCAAGCCGCUCAACGACCGCGUGCUCAUCAAGGUGGUGGAGUCGGAGUCCAAGACGGCGGGCGGUGUGCUGCUCACGGAGAGCGCCAAGGAGAAGCCAGUCGUUGGCACGGUGAUUGCUGUUGGCCCAGGUGCCCUAGGCGAGGAUGGUUCAAGGAAGCCUGUCGACAUCGCAGAUGGUGCCACUGUUCUCUAUGCCAAGUUUGCAGGCAAUGAAUUCAAGGGCAAGGAUGGCUCACCAUAUGUUGUGCUCAGGUCUUCGGAUGUGAUGGCUGUGCUUUCUUAG